AUGUCCACCCGCUCACCCUACACAGUGAAUCCCAAACUCCACCUGCCCUCCACGACCGAUCCUCCCAGCGAGACGAACCCGCCCACGCAGAAAGUAUGGUUGAUCUUUGGCGCGACGGGACAUGCGGGGAGGAGUCUGGUCAAGGCUGCGUUGAGCCAUGGGGAUAAUGUUGCUGCGGUGGGGAGGACUGGGGAGAACUCUAUGGUGCAGAUGCAGGGCUGGCACGAGAGGUGUUUUGGGUUACUAUGUGAUGUGAGGGUGAGGGAUACGGUGGAGGAUGUGAUUAGGAGGUGUGUGGAGCGGUGGGAGAGGAUCGAUGUUAUUGUGAACUGCACUGGAUAUGGAGUCAUCGGCGCCUGCGAAGACCAGGACAGUUGCGAUUUGCGCUCCCAAUUCGAGACAAAUUUCAUGGGCACUCUGAACAUCAUCCAGCUGUCGCUACCGUAUUUCCGGAAGCAAUCCUUGACUCGAAAAGACGACGAAGCCGCAGGACGAUACGUAAUCUUCUCUUCCACGUCUGGGGCUCUAGGCGUUCCUGGACUCGGCCCAUACUGCGCGACAAAGUAUGCCACCGAAGGCCUGAUCGAGAGUAUGCUAUACGAGAUCGAUUCAUUCGGGAUCAAAGCCACCCUUGUUGAGCCCGGCCAUAUGCGCAUCGACGAGCCAACAGGUCUGGACGACAAAGCGAUGGACAAUGGCGUCAAGAUCCGAAAGUAUGGUCACUUCCUCGUCAAGUCUCCAUCUCCGCCAUACGAUACGCCCACCGCUCCAGCAUCGCAUGCGAGACGGAUCGUACAGUGGUUGACCGACAGACAACCCACAAGCGCCGUGAAGUCGGCUGAGCUGGUCUGGCAAUUGGGUCAUUGUCGAUACCCACCCCUCAGACUGCUUCUGGGCACAUAUGCAGUGGAGAGUGUUCGAGACCGGCUCAGGAGCGUGAUUGAGGAGAUUGAGGAUUGGAAGCAUCUGCAUUUCCCCGGGCCGGAGGAGGUUGGGAAGGGCAAAGGUGAUAAGGAUAAGGAUGAGGAGGAUGCAGAGGUGAAGGCCGAGGAUGAUGCGAUGGAUUUGGACGUGGAUGUGGGAGCUGAGAUCAAGGAGGAGGAGGAUGAAGGUUGA